CUAUAGAGAAAAUUCUCCAAAACUACAUAUCUACACAAUAAACAAACUCAAAUUGGAAGAUACUUGACGCCGGUGACCACCUGUAGAUGUUGAAGAAUGCACCACUAUUGUCCAGAAAUUCUGUUCUAAAUCAGACUUUAUUUUCACUUCUUGAGAGAUGCAAGACAAUGUCCGAGUUGAAACAAAUUCAUGCUCUUGCAAUCACUUCUUGCGUCUCCCAGGAUGACCCAGUCGUUUCAAGCAUCUUAACUUUCUCUGCACUCUCUGAUUCAGGAAAUGCCGAUUAUGCUUACCGGGUUUUGUUAUAUCUUUCAAACCCAUCAAUCUUCAGCUGGAACACAGUCAUUAGAGGCUAUUCAAACAGCAAGAACCCGAAUCGUUCGAUAUCUGUUUUUGUGGAAAUGUUACGAUUUGGGCUCUCACCGGACUAUUUAACGUACCCUUUUCUUGCGAAGGCGUCGGCACGUCUAUUGAGGCGAGAACUUGGUGUGUCCGUUCAUGGCCACAUUGUGAGAACUGGGUUUGAGUGUGACAGGUUUAUACAGAAUUCUCUGAUACAUAUGUACGCCUCCUGUCGGGACAUUCUGUACGCACGCAAGGUGUUUGAUGGAAUCACGAACAAGAACUCAGUUUCGUGGAAUUCCAUGCUGGAUGGGUAUGCUAAGUGUUGCAACGUUUCGAUGGCUCGCAAACUGUUUGAGGUAAUGCCUGAAAGAGAUGUUGUGUCGUGGAGUUCUUUGAUUGAUGGUUAUGUUAAGAGCGGGGAGCACAGAGAGGCAUUGGCCAUUUUUGAGAGAAUGUGUACCUCAGGCCCUAGAGCCAAUGAAGUGACUAUGGUGAGUGUAAUGUGUGCUUGUGCACAUUUAGGAGCACUUGAUAAAGGAAAGAUGAUGCACGGUUAUAUGAUUGAUUGCGGAUUGCCAUUGAAUUUAGUUUUGCGCACUUCUCUUAUAGAUAUGUACGCAAAAUGUGGUGCAAUAGAGGAGGCCAUGGCUGUGUUCCGUGGGAUUCCUGUGCGUAGUACCGAUGUGUUGCUUUGGAACAGCAUGAUUGGGGGGUUUGCGAUGCAUGGUUUUGUUCGAGAGUCCCUAGGAUUGUUUACAGAAAUGCAGAUAUCUGGGAUCAGACCGGACGAGAUUACAUAUUUGUGCUUGUUGAGUGCUUGCGCUCACGGUGGAUUAGUCAAGGAAGCUUGGAAUGUCUUUGAAUGUAUUGAGAAACAGGGCAUGACUGCUCAGAGUGAGCACUAUGCCUGCAUGGUGGAUGUUCUGGCACGAGCCGGUCAAGUAGCAGAAGCAUAUCAAUUUUUAUGCCAAAAGCCCCUGGAGCCAACAGCUUCGAUGUUGGGUGCGCUGCUAAAUGGAUGUAUGAACCAUGGAAAAUUGGAUCUUGCAGAAAUAAUUGGAAGAAAGCUUAUAGAGUUGGAACCGAAUCACGAUGGUAGGUAUGUCGGCUUAGCAAAUGCUUAUGCUGUGGUCAGACGCUGGGACGAAGCAAGAACCAUGAGAGAAGCCAUGGAGCGAAGAGGUGUGAAGAAGACUCCCGGAUUUAGUUUUCUGGAGAUGUCUGGUGCUGUUCAUAGAUUCAUAGCACACGAUAAAUUACAUCCUUAUUCAGAGAAAAUAUACAUAAUGCUAAAUUUUCUUGUAGGGCAAAUGAAACUCGACGCUGAUAGCGAAAAUCAAGAAUAUUUCUUGUAUGAAAUUGGAGGUGUCUGAAUUGAAUACUCCAAUCUCUCUA